ACCUUGCUUGUUUCCAUUGUCUCGCCUGUGAUUGGGCGAGCUUGGACGUCCUUCCAAACUGAUCGGCACGAGCAGAUGGAGUAAAGGAAUAGGCUAAAAGGGGAAAGUGCUGCUCGAACAAUCAAACCCUGUUGGUUGCGAGACUGUAACCGAAGCCAACACAAACUGGAAGGGCUCAGUGCAGCGUGGGUGCCCAGGGAUCCACUGCCUGAGUGUGGGGAGAGCAGCGGCCGAGACUCCAGAGACAUGAACCACACCAAGGGUGGCCUGGUUAUCUUCACCGCCAACUCGCACCCCGCGAGUCGCGAAUUGGGCAAGAGGAUUGCAGAGCGAUUAGGGGUGGAGCUUGGCAAAGUACAGGUUUACCAGGAAGCCAACAGAGAAACGCGGGUGCAGAUUCAAGAGUCCGUGCGAGGGAAGGAUGUGUUUGUGAUUCAGACAGUGUCCAAAGAUGUGAACACAACCAUCAUGGAGAUGCUGAUUAUGGUGUAUGCAUGCAGGACAUCUUGUGCAAGAAGCAUCACAGGCGUCCUCCCGUAUUUCCCAUACAGCAAGCAGUGUAAGAUGAGAAAGAGGGGCUCCAUUGUCUCUAAGCUUAUUGCCUCCAUGAUGUGUAAAGCAGGUCUCACACACCUAAUCACUAUGGACCUACAUCAGAAGGAGAUUCAAGGCUUUUUCAACAUCCCAGUGGACAACCUGAGAGCAUCGCCAUUCUUGCUGCAGUACAUCCAAGAAGAGAUCCCUGACUACAGGAAUGCUGUGAUUGUGGCCAAAUCCCCUGCAUCUGCCAAAAGGGCCCAGUCAUUUGCUGAACGCCUGCGUCUUGGUAUCGCAGUGAUCCACGGUGAAGCUCAGGAUGCGGAGUCCGACCAGGUUGACGGACGACACUCCCCGCCCACUGUCAAGACCACUGGAGCCAUCCAUCCCAGCAUGGAGAUACCACUGUUGAUCCCUAAGGAGAAGCCUCCCAUCACUGUGGUAGGAGACGUAGGAGGCCGGAUCGCUAUCAUCGUGGAUGACAUCAUCGAUGAUGUUGACAGCUUUGUGGCAGCUGCUGAGACGCUGAAGGAAAGAGGAGCCUACAAGAUCUUCAUCAUGGCAACACACGGCAUCCUCUCUUGUGACGCCCCCAGAUUCAUAGAAGAGUCCGCCAUCGACGAGGUGGUGGUGACCAACACGAUCCCUCACGAGCGGCAGAAGCUCCAGUGUCCAAAGAUCAAAACCGUGGACAUCAGCAUGAUCCUGUCGGAGGCCAUCCGCCGCAUCCACAACGGCGAGUCCAUGUCCUAUCUUUUCCGCAACAUCGGCGUGGACGACUGAAAAUGUGCUACACACACACGGAAACAUGCACACUGUUGCAUGCCAUUUGCCUUGUCAGACCUCAAAGCGUGCACCGAACGCGCGCACACACACACACACACUGAUGUAGAACUUUCUUUGUUGUUCAUAUACUUGUAGAUGACUGCAUACACACUGAUUUAUGUGCUUGAUGCAGUCCUGUCUGUCCUCAUGUUUCUUAUUUCUUCUUUAGCUUCCUCUACAUGAUGUUUUUGUGUUUGUAGUGUAAUACGAAGGAUUCUGUUUUAUGUUACAGCCAAAUUUUAACGUUUAUUCAUUAAUAAUCAGUGGGCAGCCACAUUUUCAACACAUCUUCAGUGUUUGAGGGAUCCUAUUUAUUUUUAAAGAGAGCCACUCCGAGGUGCUUGAGGUAGCUGGGUUCAAAGGUCAUACUGUAUUAGUUUUCUCCGUUUUUGUCAGCACUAAAUCUUCUUGCUGCUAAAUGGUGAUCAUUUUGUUGCACCUCACCAUCUUUGCCAGUUUUCUAGCUAAUGUUGAUGGUUUAUGUCGAGGUCGUUAUUAGCAAUGAAUGUCCCUAAGGGAAGAUUGUACUGCAAGCAUGCCAGUGCCUUUGGACAGGACACUCGCAACAUCCACGCCUUCACCGGCUCGUCCAAGUCAUUCAGGAAGGAUCUCGAAAUAAAUCAGGUUUUUGACUACUUUUUAAUUAUGAUUUGACAAGGACCCUGCUGCUUUUACAUUUCUGUUGAAUUUGUGGCAAAUUGAUAGGCUACUGAGAAGGAGUCCUUGGAGCUAGUGUUUGUGUGUUACCAUAGUUACAGCUGGUGUCAAACCUCUUAUUUGCUAAAGUUGAACUGGAACAAUCGUGUGGUGUUGUCUUUUGAUAACCUGAGUGUGUGCCAUUAUCUAUUCAGUUACCUCCUUGUGUCUAUUUACAACGCCACCAAGGUGGUCAAAGUUCCAGGGAGAUGUUGAUUCCUCUCAAAAAUCCACCCAAGUAAAUAUUUGUAAAAGCGAGUCUGAUAAUACAUUUGGAAUGUGCAUUAUCAUCAUCGUGUUUGAAUAUUGUCAUUGUAUUCUCAGGGCAAUGAAAUGAAUCAAUCGCCUACUGGACUGUUCAGGGUGUAAGACCUCUGAUGGAAACUGAAGAAACCUGCUCGGAUGAGAGUCAAAAGGUCUUCUAAGCCAACCUGAGCAGUCCAGUUGCGAUCAAUUCAGUGCCCUGAGAAUCAUCAUCAGAACACUUGGAGACUAAUGAAGUUUGCCCAAAUGCAUUCUACUUGAGUUUCAUUGAAGAAAUGCACAGCGAGAAAGCAAACUGUUUUUUUUUUCUACCAAACAAAUUGACUGAAGCAGGUCUUUGUCACUUUGCCACGAGUUCCAAAAUGUUUUGUAUUUAUUUUCAGCCCUAACUAUGAAUAAACAUAAAAAUAAAGACUACGUUGUUUUU